AUGCCUCAGAAUUUCUCUUCUAUGGAUGCCUUGCAGUAUGGAGACGGACCAAGCAACAGAAACCCUAAGAGACCAAGGAGGGAUUCUCAAAAUCAUACCCACUUCAGACAUGAAAUUUCUCAAAAUCGUGGCAAUGGAGAGAGUCUUGAUUUAAUUGGAGCUAGUGGAAAUGGCCCUUUGUCUUUGGCUCUGACUGAACCAGCCGUUUUUCACUGCCCCGUUUGCUUUCAACCCUCGAUCCCUCCUGUGUACCAGGCGAUUUUGAAGAUUUUAUCAGUGGGCCGUAGGAACAGAGUUUAUGACAUUUCUUUGAAGAUAGCUGAAGAACAGUUUUGGAUGUACACUCAAGUCUUUGUAUACAUAUCUUCGAUAGAAGCUGAUAACUGUUUGUAUGCUUGCAUGGCAAUGGUAAUUCAGUGUGAAAAUGACCAUUUAUGUUGUUCCUCCUGCUACGCCAAAUUACAGAAUACAUGUCCCUUCUGCUAUUGGCCUAUUGGUUACAAUCGUAACUGGGCCAUUGACCGACUUCUAGGAUCAGUCAAAUUGAUAUGCCGAAAUGCCAAGUAUGGAUGCAAAGAAACUAUGACUUACUGGAAGAAAGAUGAACAUGAAAAGGAAUGCCACUAUUCACCAUGUUCAUGCCCCUUCUCAGAUUGCAAUUUUGUUGGUUCAUACAAGCAGUUUCAACGACACUUUGGAGGUGAACAUAAAGAUUCAGUUGUACAGUUUCUUUACUGUACAUUCAUGACCAUUGCCUUAAAUGUUAGUUUCAGAAUAAUUGUUCUUCAAGAAAAGGAAUGCGGUGACUUGUUUAUUCUCAAAAAUACAAGUACUGAAAAUCAUUUGCAUCAAAUCUCGGUUAGUCAUUUUGCUCCGUCCUGGAAAGGAUUUAGCUAUCAUACUAUACUGGCUAGACGCAACAACAACAGCCUUGCUAUAUUACAAUCUUUGACAAAGAGCAUUCAUGCCCAGCAGAUUAAUGACAACCGUUUGAUCGAGAGCGAUCCUUUAAUGGAGUUCAUUUACAUACCAUCCCAUGUUUUUGGUUGGAACGGGCUACUCAGGGUGGAUAUUUGCAUCUCCCAGCCUACUCACAGGAGUGAUGAAGAAACAGAGUUGAUUUUAGCUUGA